CGGCCGUCCUUCACUGAGUUUCUCCUGUAUCUCGUGACUGUCAGAGAGAAACAUGGCGUGAGUUUAUUAACCCUCAUAAACACAGAAAACCGCAGCAGCGACAGACAUGAUGUGGAGGAUUCAGAGUUUAGUGGGCAGAGUGUUGAGCCGUUGCCAUGGAAACGCUUCACUACGACUCUCGCAGGGACACUCACACACACAUGUGGAGGACGAGCUCAUCAACUCCUCAGUCCUGACCUCAGGACGACACGCUUCUGACUGCAGCAGUUCUCAGAGGGAUGGAGAUGAUCAGAAAAGGCGCCGCUCUGAGUUCUGCUACUCUGGCCUGCCGAGAUACACGGCUCUGGACGCCAUGGGCUGGGGCGCCGCUGCUGUUCUCUUCAUGCAGCUCUGUCGCAGGAUUCACUCCCGGUUUUCCUCGCGUGCGGAUCAGAACCGGAUCACAGACGUCGGGCUCGUGCAGAAAUGCUCCUACAAGGUCCUGAUUGACAUCUUGUCCCAGGAGAGUGUGUUGUCCGGUGGCGUGACGGUGAAGUGCCUGCAGGGGGCGCUGCAGUCUCCAGAGCCCAGUGGUGACAUCAGUAGUGACACCAGCAGUGAUGAGGAUCUGACCUCUGACCUGCAGACCCCUGAGACCGCCGGCCCGUCACACUCCGAGGAAACUCUUUUUCCAGAACCAGUGAAACCACAGGAACGUCUCGCACCCGAUGAAGCCGCGCAGAAGUUGAGGCACGUGGCAGACAGCAGCGUACCCAUAAUCCUCAACAUCAUCGGUCUGGAGAGCGCUAAAGCGGGGGAUUACGAGGCGGCGUUCUCCUGUUUCCUGGCUUCGGCUCAGCACGACUACAGCAAAGCUCAGUUUAACGUGGGAGUGUGUUACGAGAGAGGACGUGGAGUACGGCGAGACCACAGCAAGGCGGUGCUCUACUACAGGCGCGCCGCAGUCGCUGGCCACCGCCAGGCUCAAUACCGCUGUGCUAAACUCCUCCUGAACAGCAGAGGGCAGCAGAGCUCAGAGAGCGACUCCGAAGCGGCGCUGAACUUCCUGUACGCAGCGGCAGACGCCGGACUCACGGAGGCUCAGAUGUAUCUGGGUGUGGUGUUGUCUCAGGGUUCGGAUUUGGACAAGAAACAGUCCGUUCAUUAUUUCAGGAUGGCCGCUGAGCAAGGGGACAGCGGUGCUCUGGUGUGUCUGGCUCAGUGUUACGAGAAGGGUUUGGGCGUGUCUCCGUGUGUCCACACCGCAGUCAAGCUUUAUCAACAGGCAGAAGCCCGAGGAAACCUGCAGGCCAGAGACGUCCUGACAGACCGACACAGCAGAGAGGUCUUGCGCUCGAUCCGCUCUGCUCCUUGCUUCUCUGUGAUUGGUCAACUGAAUCUGAACGCCAUCGUUCCUCAGAAGCCCCGCCCACAGCAUGAAUCUGACUGUCAAUCAAAGUCGCUCUGUCAUUCCUGGAGCACGGGAAGUCUGAGUUCGCUGUCGUCGAUCACGCUCCAGAUGCUCAGCGCCGACAGCAAGGUCUGGACGCCGCGAGUGCGCUAACGUCACGACGGAUUCAUAUUCAUCUAUUAGCAGUUAUUUAUUUUUAAUAAUCAGCUGGCCAAUGAUUCGACACGUACGGUACUGUCAAACCAAAAUGUAUUCAGACACCUUUAACAUCAUCUCAGUUUAACAACGCACACACACAACACAGGUUAUGAUGGAGCGAGGCUCAGGUCUGACGCAUGAAUGUUCUCGACCAAUCAGAGAAGAGCUGCUGAGUUCAGAGCUUCUGUGAUUGGUUGAUUUAUCUAUGAUACGUGAUAUCUUGUUUCUGCAACUGUGGGAGUGGGAAUCUCUUUGUGAUGUGUUUGGUUGUGUACAUAUUUGUGUGUUUGGUUAUGAAGAGUGUGUGUAAAAGAGUAGGAGCGCGUUUCUGCCACGCAAUAAAGAUAUAAAACAGGUAAUUGUGAACUUUUGAGGAAAAAUAUUAGUGCAAAAUAUAUAUAAUGAGAUAUAAACUCAUUUUAGAAAAGAAAGUCAAAAUUGUGAGAUGAAUUAUGAUAGAAACUCACAAUUUUUAGGAAAAUAUUUAAAAUUGUAAGAUAAAUUGCGAUAUAUAAAUGAAAAAAUCUGAGGAAAAUAGUCAGAAUUGCGAUAUGUAUAUGGCUAGAUAUAAACUUAUAAUAAACAUUAAUCAGAAUUCAGAGAUGCAAACAAGCAAUAUUGUGAAAGAAAGACUGAAUUACCUUUGUUUUUAUUCCGCGGUGGAAACACGCUUCCAUAUAAUACAGUGAUUGUGAAUGAAUGAGGGUUUUGUAAAACAUGAAUAAGCUUUUCUCGAUAUUAUUUGUGUCAAACUUGGGAAGGUCACAUGGUGCUUUUAUUUAUAACUCAUUUUCCUGUUUUUUUUUUUCAAAAGAGUUGAACACAUUGUUUACAUGAUUACACUAAAACCGCAAGUGCACAUAUUCAUCCAGAAGCAGAAUUAUUAUUCAUUAGAGAGAGAUUAGCACCAUUUGUCUACUAAAUGAAUUGCAUGCGCCAAAGGUUUAAUAAACAUAUGUGCCUUAGUUAGAUUAUUCACAAAUACAAGCCAACAGCAAUUUGUCACAAGUAUUGAAUAUCAUAACCUGAUAUUGUAGGUUUGUCUUGAUGUGUUCAACACUUUGAUGUGUUUAUUGAAACAAUAAGCAUCCUAAAGCACUUAAUAAAGACUUCUUUUUUUACACUGUG